UUCCUUUCAAAAAUGUAACUGCGAUAGUUCGUCUUGUGACUUGUGAAGACCGUAAAACCCUAAAACCCUACUUCUAGACUCUUCCUUACGCUUAAUAAGCACUCUCUCCCAACCAUCUCCCUCAGUUCGUGCACUUUCUCUCUCUUUCUAUCACUCUCUCUGCCUCUGUCACUCUGCAAUCUCAGUAUGUAUCGUUUUGCUUCAAGCCUCGCAUCCAAAGCUCGAGUUGCUAGGAACUGCUCCAAGCAGAUUGGUGGUACGUUGAGUUGGAGUAGAAAUUAUGCAGCCAAAGACAUAAAAUUUGGGGUGGAGGCCCGAGCCCUCAUGCUCAAUGGUGUCGAAGAUCUUGCCGAUGCUGUCAAAGUCACCAUGGGCCCUAAGGGGCGUCAUGUGGUUAUUGAACAAAGCUUUGGUGCACCCAAAGUAACAAAAGAUGGUGUAACUGUUGCAAAAAGUAUAGAGUUCAAGGAUAAAAUCAAGAAUGUUGGUGCUAGCCUGGUGAAACAGGUUGCUAAUGCCACCAAUGAUGUAGCGGGUGACGGCACUACUUGUGCUACAAUCCUGACCAGAGCCAUUUACACCGAAGGAUGCAAGUCAGUUGCUGCGGGGAUGAAUGCAAUGGACUUGCGACGCGGUAUUACUAUGGCAGUUGAUUCUGUGGUAACAAACUUGAAGAGCAGAGCAAGAAUGAUCAGCACUUCUGAAGAGAUAGCACAGGUUGGAACAAUAUCUGCAAAUGGAGAGAGAGAAAUUGGUGAGUUGAUUGCAAAGGCCAUGGAGAAGGUUGGCAAAGAGGGUGUAAUCACAAUCUCGGAUGGGAAAACAUUGGACAAUGAGUUGGAGGUUGUUGAGGGAAUGAAGCUAGACAGGGGCUACAUAUCCCCUUAUUUCAUCACCAACCAGAAAAAUCAGAAAUGUGAAUUGGAAAAUCCUCUAAUUGUGAUCCAUGAGAAGAAAAUCUCAAGUAUUAAUGCUGUGGUGAAAAUAUUGGAGUUGGCUUUGCAGAAGCAAAGGCCUUUGCUGAUUGUCGCCGAAGAUGUGGAGAGCGAAGCACUGGCAACCCUUAUUCUAAAUAAGCUUCGUGCUGGAAUCAAGGUCUGUGCAAUCAAAGCCCCUGGUUUUGGUGAAAAUAGGAAAUCCAGUCUGCAGGAUCUUGCCGCCCUCACUGGGGGUUCUCUUAUUACCGAGGAGCUUGGUCUGAAUCUUGACAAAGUGGAAUUGGAUAUGCUCGGCACUUGCAAAAAGGUCACAAUUUCAAAAGAUGACACUGUAAUUCUUGAUGGUGCUGGUGACAAGAAGGCUAUUGAUGAAAGAUCUGAACAGAUUAGAUCGGCCAUUGAAUUAAGUACUUCCGAUUAUGACAAGGAAAAGUUACAGGAGAGACUGGCAAAGCUUUCUGGUGGUGUUGCUGUUUUGAAGAUUGGAGGAGCUAGCGAAACUGAAGUUGGUGAGAAGAAGGAUAGAGUUACUGAUGCCUUAAAUGCCACCAAGGCAGCCGUUGAAGAGGGUAUACUACCAGGUGGUGGCGUUGCUCUUCUUUAUGCAUCGAAAGAGUUGGAAAAACUCCCGACUGCUAACUUUGACCAGAAGAUUGGAGUUCAGAUUAUUCAGAAUGCUCUGAAGGCACCUGUCCAUACAAUUGCUUCUAAUGCUGGAGUGGAGGGAGCUGUUGUUGUCGGUAAGCUAUUGGAGCAAGAUAACCCUGAUCUUGGCUACGAUGCAGCUAAAGGUGAAUAUGUUGAUAUGGUCAAGUCCGGAAUAAUAGAUCCAUUGAAAGUAAUUAGAACUGCUUUAGUCGAUGCUGCAAGCGUGUCGUCUUUGCUGACAACUACUGAAGCUGUUGUAGUUGAACUUCCCAGUGAUAAGGAGACUCCAGCAAUGGGUGGUGGCAUGGGUGGAAUGGAUUAUUGAGGCUCCUCCCAAUUUUACACUCAUUUGACAACCCACCCCUGAUUGAGUCCACAAAAUCUGCAUGUAAAAUAAAAAAACAGGGUGUAAUUUUAUCUUGGGUUAGUUUUGGUUGCAAGGCAUCGUGUAGUCAUAGCGCUAGAGAGAGAGAGAGAUCAGCGUGUAGGUAGCUCCUCUAAUUCAGGAUAAAACUUGUUAUUGCAGGGGAGAAUUCGAAUGUACCAAUUAUUCUUUUCAAAUAAAAACUAUUUUCUUGCCAUA